AUAUUACUCAAAUAGCAUUGUCAUUACAAUCAUCAAUUUAAAACACCAAAAGUUUUUGACAAAAGUUUAAGAAUUUCUUUUUGUAUAUUUAUUGUAAAAUUAGAUCGAAAAAAUAAUUGAAAAAUGAGUUCCAUUGGUACUGGGUACGAUUUGUCGGCAUCACAAUUUUCACCCGAUGGUCGUGUAUUUCAAGUUGAAUAUGCUGGAAAAGCUGUUGAAAAUAGUAGCACAGUUAUUGGUUUACGUGGAUCGGAUGGUGUUGUAUUUGCAUGUGAAAAAUUAGUCACAUCAAAAUUGUAUGAACCGGGUACAAAUCAACGUAUAUUUAAUGUUGAUCAACAUAUAGGUAUGGCUGUUUCUGGUUUAAUAUCUGAUGCACGACAAAUCGUUGAUAUUGCACGAAAAGAAGCCUCGAAUUAUCGUUCACAAUAUGGUGUUAGUAUACCAGUAAAGUAUUUAAACGAUCGUGUUAGUAUGUACAUGCAUGCGUACACCUUGUACAGUGCUGUACGACCAUAUGGAUGUAGUGUUGUGCUAGGUACCUGUGAAGAUGAUGGACCUAUAUUAUAUAUGAUGGAACCAUCUGGUGUUUCAUAUGGCUAUCAUGGAUGUGCUAUUGGUAAGGCGAAACAAGCAGCAAAAACUGAAAUUGAAAAGUUAAAAUUAUCUAAAAUGAAUUGUCGAGAAUUGAUCAAAGAAGCAGCACGAAUAAUAUAUUUAGUUCAUGAUGAACUCAAAGAUAAAAAUUUUGAAUUAGAAAUGUCAUGGGUAUGUAAAGAAACAAAAGGUAAACAUGAACGUGUUCCAGAAUUAUUAUUCCAAGAAGCUGAAAAAUCUGCCAAAGCUGCUAUGGAAGAUGAUUCCGAUUCUGAUACGGAGGAUAUGUAAAUGUUUUUGAUAUAAGUUCACAAUUUAAUUACACUUUUUUGAAUAAUUACGGAUUAAAAUAAAUAAACACAAUUUUUAUG